GGUGCAGCCCGAGGUUAGCGGAAGCGGCCGCUCGGCGCUGCCAUGUUGAGCCGCCGCCGCCGCCGCCGCUUUGUUGUCGGCUCCAUGUAGCUGCGGCCCGGGGGAGGGAGCGACGGGGGGACCGCCCGCCGCAGCCGCCGCCGCCGCCGCCCGGGGCCGCGCCGCCCCCGCCAUGGAGGCCAACUGGACCGCGUUCCUCUUUCAGGCACACGAAGCCUCCCAUCACCAACAGCAGGCAGCACAGAACAGUUUGUUGCCUCUCCUGAGCUCUGCUGUUGAGCCGCCCGAUCAGAAGCCGAUUCUGCCCUUACCAAUAACGCAGAAACCUCAGCCUGCACCAGAAACAUUAAAGGAUGCUAUUGUUGGGAUUAAAAAGGAAAAACCUAAAACCUCCUUUGUGUGCACUUACUGCAGCAAAGCUUUCAGGGACAGCUACCAUUUGAGGCGUCACGAGUCCUGCCACACAGGGAUAAAGUUAGUGUCACGGCCAAAGAAAACUCCCACCACAAUGGUGCCCCUUAUCUCGACCAUCGCUGGUGACAACAGCCGGAGUUCGCUGGUUUCGACUAUCGCAGGCAUCCUGUCCACUGUCACUACGUCUUCCUCUGCCACCAACCCCAGCAGCAGCGCCGGCGCCACGGCCAUGGCGGUGACGCAGACGGUGAAGAAGCCCAGCAAGCCCGUGAAGAAGAACCACGCUUGUGAGAUGUGUGGGAAGGCCUUCAGGGACGUCUACCACCUCAACCGGCACAAGCUGUCCCACUCGGACGAGAAACCCUUCGAAUGUCCCAUUUGCAAUCAGCGCUUCAAGAGAAAGGAUCGCAUGACCUACCACGUGAGGUCUCACGAAGGGGGCAUCACGAAACCCUACACCUGCGGUGUUUGUGGAAAAGGCUUCUCAAGGCCUGAUCAUUUAAGCUGUCACGUUAAACAUGUUCACUCAACAGAGAGACCCUUCAAAUGCCAAACGUGCACUGCUGCCUUUGCCACCAAAGACAGACUGCGGACACACAUGGUGCGCCAUGAAGGAAAGGUAUCGUGUAAUAUCUGUGGUAAACUUCUGAGUGCAGCAUAUAUCACCAGCCACUUAAAGACACACGGGCAGAGCCAAAGUAUCAACUGUAAUACCUGUAAACAAGGCAUCAAUAAAACAUGCAUGAGUGAAGAGACCAGCAACCAGAAACAGCAACAGCAGCAGCAACAGCAGCAGCAGCAACAACAGCAGCAGCAGCAGCAGCAGCAACAACAGCAGCAGCAGCAGCAGCAGCAGCAGCAACAGCAGCAGCAGCAGCAGCACGUAACAAGUUGGCCUGGAAAGCAGGUAGAGACCCUGAGAUUGUGGGAAGAGGCCGUCAAAGCCAGGAAGAAAGAAUGUCAGUUCACCUUUGAGAAGGCUAUAGAGUACGUACCAUUCGAAGCUGCUAACUUGUGCCAAACCUCCACUGCUGCUACUACGCCUGUGACUCUUACUACUCCAUUCAAUAUAACGUCCUCUGUGGCUUCUGGGACUAUCACAAACCCAGUCACAGUGGCAGCUGCAAUGAGCAUGAGAAGUCCAGUAAAUGUAUCAAGUGCAGUUAAUAUAUCCAGUCCGAUGAACUUAGGGCAUCCUGUAACCAUAACCAGUCCUCUGUCCAUGACCUCUCCAUUAACGCUCACCACCCCGGUGAACCUGCCCACCCCGGUGACCGCUCCAGUGAACAUAGCGCACCCCGUCACCAUCACGUCCCCCAUGAACCUGCCCACCCCCAUGACGCUGGCUGGCCCCCUCAACAUAGCCAUGAGACCAGUGGAGAGCAUGCCUUUCCUGCCCCAGGCCUUGCCCACCUCUCCUCCCUGGUAAACAAGUUCUAAACAGUAUUAAAAAGGAUUAAAAUGGAA